GACUGAGAAAACUUCCUCUGCCCUCUUCCUACAGGGUCGUCGGGAGUCACGUGCGCGCCAUCCCCCGACUUUCUUGUCUGGGCUCUCUUUUGGUCCCCCCCUCCCCCCCACCUUGCACCGAGCCUUUUUAGCCAGGGCACCCACGCCGGAAAUCCCGACGGCGGCCGGGCCUCGGCGGGGAGCUAGAGACGUAGUCUCCGGAGGCAAGCGGGGCAGGCCGGAAGUGCCUCCGUCUCGGCGGCUGUGCGGCGGAGUCGUUGGCUGGGUGCGCGUACACACACUCCCCCACACUCCCUCACCCAUUCACACGCUCUCACACAAAUACAUACGCCGGAAGCCGCUGCUCUGAGGCGGAGACGGCGGCUGAGACAGAUCGAGGCCGAGGCAGGCCGCGGCUCCCCCUGCCCCCGAGUGUCAGUGUUCCUCCCUGCGCCGAGCCGACCGGGCCGGUCGCCAUGGAGCCCGGGGCGGCGGAGCUGUACGACCAGGCGCUGCUGGGCAUCCUGCAGCACGUGGGCAACGUCCAGGACUUUCUGCGGGUGUUGUUCGGCUUCCUUUACCGCAAGACUGACUUCUACCGCUUGCUGCGCCACUCGGCUGAUCGCAUGGGCUUCCCCCCGGGGGCGGCCCAGGCCAUGGUGCUGCAGGUGUUCAAAAACUUUGAGUACAUGGCUCGUCAAGAUGAUGAAAGGAGAAGAAAGGAACUUGAAGAAAAAAUGAGAAAAAAGGAAGAAGAGGAAGCCGCGGCUGCAGCAACUGUUGAAAAAGUUCCAGCUCCAGCCCAGGAGGUAGAGAUAGACUCUGCCACUGAGUGUGGCCCUACUGAAAGGGCUGAUGGGCAUGAGGAAACAAAGACAGGGAAGCCCCCUGCACCUUCAGGGGCUGAGCAGGAGGCAAGCCACAGCUCUGUGGAGGCAGAAUCUCCAGCAAUGGCUGUUGUUGAUGUUCCAGUUGAACCACCAACCCUUCCCAAGAGACAGGAGCAGUUCCAGAAAAACCCUGACAGUUACAAUGGUGCUGUACGUGAGAACUACACCUGGUCUCAAGACUACAGUGACCUGGAGGUUAAGGUGCCAGUGCCCAAGCAUGUCCUGAAAGGGAAGCAGGUGUCUGUGGAUCUCAGCAGUAAUUCUAUCCGUGUGGCAAUACUAGAAGGGAAUGAGGAACAUGUUUUAAUGGAAGGAAAAUUCACCCAUAAAAUCAACACUGAAAGUUCCUUGUGGAGCCUUGAGCCAGGGAAAUGUGUCUUGAUUAAUCUGAAUAAAGUUGGAGAGUACUGGUGGAGUGCUAUCCUGGAAGGAGAGGAGCAAAUUGAUAUUGAUAAAAUAAACAAGGAACGUUCAAUGGCCACAGUGGAUGAAGAGGAACAUGCCGUAUUGGAUAGACUGACCUUUGACUACCACCAAAAACUACAGGGCAAACCCCAGAGCCAUGAGCUGAAAGUCCAUGAGAUGCUGAAGAAGGGAUGGGAUGCUGAAGGCUCCCCCUUCCGAGGCCAGAGAUUCGACCCAUCCAUGUUCAACAUCUCCCCAGGGGCUGUGCAGUUUUAAUGACAAGAAGGAAAGGAAACUCACUCGAGUCAAGCACUUGGAAGUAGAGGAUAAGGCAGAGAGAGGCCUUUUUGUGUGGGCUCUUUCCCUCCUGCUUUUCCUCUUUGGCUCCCAUGCAUGCCUGGGACUCAUCUUGUCCACCCCGUAUCCAUCUUUAUUUUCAAGGGAUGUGUGGAUACUCCAACCUCACUCCUCUUCCAGACCCUUCCUGGCUGUUUUAGGGAAGAAGGGGGGAAAGUAGAGGGAAGGUUAAUGCAUAGCAAUUGCUAUGGCUAAUGCCAAGUUACAGUAUCUGUUAUGCAUGAGGGAGAUGUCCUAGCAAAAGCAGGAUUACAUACUCCCAUCACCACGGUAACCAGCCACUGCAAGCCACAUUUUCUUUCCUUCUGUGUUCUCUGCUUGCUGUUGUUUUGAUGCGAUUCUGCUCAGUUCUCUUUAGGGGAUGGGGAGGGAGGGCUUGGGGGGGGAGGGAUGUUGCUGUUGCUGGGUUUUUUCCCUGCAGUUGUUGAAGUGAUUUGGAGUUGUAUGACUUAAUGUGUGCUGAUGAGAAGCGGUUCUGUGAUGGCUGCUUCAGGCUGUACUGUUUCAGGAAGCCCCUUAGUUUGGCCUUUUGUUUAAAGAUUCCACAUUCAGUCUUGCUCAUCAAUUUGUCAAGUCCUAUUUUUUCCUGCCUUUGGGUGCCAGGCACUAGUAGUAGGAGGUUGAAGCUGCCCCCACAGUUGCAGAAACCUGCCUAGUUGGGAUUCUGGUAUCUUUAUUUGUUGCUCUCUAAUUGAACCAGGCCCAAAUUUUGGAAGAAAGUGCAUGUUCUCCCAGCAAAGAUCAGCUGUAGGUAGGGAUUUCUGUGUCAGGAAAGAAUGAAGGAUAGGACUUUCUAAUCAUGGCUUUAUUUGAGGCCAGGGAAGGUUAGACUAGCACCUGUUCAUCCCAUUGUUGGCCAUGUACUCCAUCCCACUCUUGUUUGAGUAAAGGAACUUCUAGCUGCCACUUUUCUUCUAUGUAUAUCCUCAAGUCUUCUCAGCCCCAAUGAUCCACAUCUUAGAUUUUGUUUACAUAUAUCUCCUGGAUGAAUGUAGAGCUCAGUGAGAGGCAGGACAUUUUCUGGGAGUAGUAGAGAAAUUUCACUGUACAAUGAAUGAUAGAUUUGUCCUCUGUUGAAGGGCACAAAGCAGUGGAGAUUCUCAGAUGAUUAAUGGGUAGCCUGCAUAGGAUAUCAUUGAUGCUCUCAAGGGCCCCAUUGGAACCAUUGCUGUCCCUAAAGAAUAAUUGCAACAAGGAUAGAAAUGAGAAUGCUGGCUCUUGUGUAAAGAGCAGACAUAGGCAGAAAUGAUGGGAACUUGUUAAUCUCAAAAUCAUGCUCUACAUGAGCUGGAUGCAACUACUUCUUUGUUGUCAUCUGUUAUUGUGCAGCAGUGGUCACUGCUUGCUUGAUUACUUAGGAGAAAGAAGCUUAUUAACACUUAAAAACAACUAUUUUGCCAAUCUGUGCUAUUGACAAGGAUUGAACCUCCACGUUUGAAAACUGUUUAUAAGUGAGCCAGGCUGCUGACUUCCUUCUGAAGUCUAGGAACAAGUACUCUUUAGUUUUUUGCUUGUUUAGGAAUACUUGUUUUUCAGUGUUCCUUAGAAAUGGAGCACAUCACUAUUAGCUCAGAAGAUGUCGAUUGCUCACUUUUUAUUGAAUCUUUAUCCCAAUUCUAUUUGACCACCACUCAGAAAGCAAAGCCUCAAGUUCACGGAGUAUUGCAUAUGUGAUUAGCAGAUAAUCCAGGAACAUAAAUCAGAUCAAUUUUUUUUGAGUUCCUAGAAAAAUGUUUCUUUAGAACCCCACCCAAAUUUAUGGUCACCCAGAAUUAAUGUCUAUGUAUUCUUGUGAUCCUUUUCUGAGAGAAUGAUAGACUAAUUUUUAUAGGACAGAUAGUUCCUCAUGCUCACCUACUUUUAUAAGGAGUGAGUGGGUCUAGCAGCCUCUUUCUAAGGCUAUCAUUUCAGAGUCAGUUUGCUGACUUAAGAGUUUAUUUCCAGCCACACCAUUUCCUGUGAGCCUAGUAAGAAAGCUGCUCAACUUUUAUUCCCAGAGAACUUUCCAUAGGACAUGUCACCUUUUUCUCCAGAAAACACCAAGGUCGUCAUCUUCCUGAGUUAAAUGGUGGAUCUCUUCAGAAUCAGAAGUGUUAAGAUUUCCAGGUGAUAUUGGAGGCAGCAUCAGCUUAUUCCAAACAGCUAAGACAGCUAGGCAAUUUAAAAGUCUCAGAAAUAUCUCCUCUUGGGAAAUUGAUGGCAGACAACACUGUAUUUUUGUUGGAGUUAGUCACUGAGACUAUGGUUUUUAUGAAUUGUUCUUUAGUAACAUAGAGCAAAAAUAACAAAAAUCCACUGCCUGAUGUGAAGGCCUUGUGUUUGGAAGCUUGCUAAUAAACAACGGUCUCUGCUCAUUUCUCUCUGAGGUCACAUGAAAAAGGGUGAGGCUAAUAUACCCUCAUUCCAAAGCAGCAUUUCACAGACGGAAUGCUCUAUGUUCAAAAGACUCCUUUGUUUUUAAAUUUUUUAAUGAUGUUUAUAUGUACCUCUUGAACCUUGUUUGUCUAUUUCUCUUGCUGUUUUUAGCAUUUUUCUAAUUCACAGUUAUGUCACCUUCUUAAGCACCCACAGUAAAGGAGUUUUGCAGAAGGAUAUAUGUGGUUUGGCUAAAGCAGGGACAACUCUGUCCAUAAACUACUGGAAGAUUUUUUUUUUUUAAGUUACUCACUUUUAUUGUAAAUGUUCUACCCAGGACAUCAUUUGGUAGUGUCCUGCUGUGGCUCAGGUCUUCUCUCUUCUAUUAGGAAGUAUCAAGUAAUAGAAGCUCUACUAGUACACCCCUAUUAAAAGAAAUGAAACCACUACACAAAAAUAGGAACUUUUAGGGGUGUUUAACUGCGUUACAGAAGGACUCACUGAAAGAUUCCUUUUAGUAGCAAACUUCUCUGGUGCAUGUUAAGUGACUAGACAUGUAAGACUUGGACUUAGACCCACCUUUCCAAAACAUACAUUAAUCACAUCUAUCUGUAUUUGUAAACUUCCUUCCUGUCCUCUGUAAUGAUUUGCUUUCUCUCUUCUUAAACCUCUGCUCUACCCUUUCUAUCCAUGUGCCAUUCCAGCCCUCUGGAGUCAGUACAUACUGCCUGUUUUCUUUGUUUUAAAAUCAACAACAGCAACUUGGCCACUAAGUUUCAUCAGCAGAGAUUCUGAGGAAAGCAGGGCAAUUCACUUCCCUUCUCCAUGGGAGCCAAAGAGAGUAGGGCGUGCUACAUCCUGAGGCCGCUCUCCUUCACAUACUCCACAUUUCUGUGUUGGUUUGCAAUAAAUCUGUAUUUAAGCAGCUUGGUGUCUGUGAGAUUUGAUGCUAAAAAAUUCCAUCAUGUUUGAUGAUUAAUUAUGAUAUCACAUUUCAAGAUCUCUGGGCCCAGGUACACAGGAAAACACUGUUAAUAAAUUAAUAUUAAGUGGUUCCCACCCACAAGUACUCUCAUGUUGUUUGGACUGCCAGACUGCAUUGUGCUUGGUUGUCUUACGGCGUUUUGAACUAUCUCAGUGAAAAGAACUAUAAAGGCCUUCAUCUUCUGUCCAAGUUCAAAUAAACCAUUACUACAUUUUGGCAGAUGAUACCUGAAUUACAUAUUAACCUCAGCAUCUGCAUAGGCUAAGAUGAGUACCUUGCAAUCAAUAACUUAUCCUCUUAGAACUCUUCCAUUGAAGGAUCCUUCCUCAUUAAAAAGAAUUCAGGUGAGAUUUCAUCUCAAGUGCAUAUCCUUACCUCUGCAUUUCUUUUUGGGAGUCCAUUGAAUGAUAAUACCAAUGUCCAGGAAGAAAAUUUUUUCAUUCCCAUUUAUCCUGUAGCCCCUCUAACUUAAUUUUUUGACAUGUAUUACUUAGGAAAAAAAAUAUUUUCAUGAACUUUAUAAAUUAUACCACCACCACCACCCCAGGUGCUGAAAGUUGGUGUUAUCAUCCUUUGGUAUACCAUAGCCCAUCUCCAAAAAAAAAGAGGUGGAAGUGGAAUUCUAGGAAACAAGGAAAUAUUGUAACAAUUUGUGUGUUCAAAAAUAGAAUGAUUUAUCUCCAGAAGAGUGAUGAUAUCCCCCUCACUGGAGGAAAGGCUUGAUAUAUGUAUGUUAAAGAAGAAAUUCUUACUAAAGUAGGGUUGGACAAGACGGCCUUUAAGAUUUCUUCCAAUCCAGUGAUCUUGUUCUCUGAUGAUGGAAAUGAUUAGCAUUAUGUUAUCAUGCAGUCUUUCAGACUCAUUUAAUGUAUAUUCUAAACCUUAGUAAUGAGAGUAGGCAGCAUGGUGUAGUAAAAAAUCUAGGAACCCGAAUACAUAAAUCCUGAUUGUUACAGCUUUGUAACUUGUGGUCAAUCACUGCAUGGCCUCAGAGCAUAGUGCUUGGAACUGGAGUUGAAAAGACCCAAGUUCAAAUCUUGUUAUCCUGAACAAAUCACUUAAACUCCUCGAGUUUUGUUUUGUCAUAAAAUAGCACCUACCUCUCAGGAUUGUUGUGAGAAUCAUAUGAAAUAAUGUAUGUGAAACAUAUUGUAAACUUCAAAGCAUUAUGUAAAUUUAGGCUGUUAUAUUUAUUUAUUUCUCUGGUCCUAAUUUCCUCAUUUGUAAAAUGAAGUGGUUGGGACCAGGUGAAGCUUUUAAGUUCCUUUACAACUCUAAAAUUGUAUAAUACUUAGCUAAUUAGGUGAGCCAGUAAACAGAGUCUCCUUCCUCAAUAUGCAUUGUAUGUUAAGUCAGGCCUAACAGUUAAGAACUGUACUGAAUCCACCCCGGGAUAAACCUCAGUCUAAUGCACCUCAGUCUAAGACUUACAAGGCCAUCAUUACAAUUAAGUCUUCCAAUGGGCACGAGAAGAGGGAUUACCAAAAAUCAUGUAUUCAGUAUUGUGCUCUGACAAUUAAAGCAAGAUUGGAUUUUCUGAUUACCUAAACAAGAUCUUCCUGUUGUAGUUAGGCAGAUACCUAGAGGAAAGCUUUAAUUGUCUAGAGAUUCAAAUUAAAUAUUGGCUUGUGUUGCAGGGUACUGUGCAACUCCCUAAAGUUAACAGUGUUUGGAAGGAUAAUCACAUUGGUUAUGGGCAGGAUCAUAUUGAUUUGAGCAGGGUGAGUAAUACUGUUGUCCCUAUAUUCUCUCUCCUAUCCUGCAAACUGAUGAAAAUCAGUGAAAUCAAUGAAAAUUGAUUAGGGUAAACAUUAAAGGCAGCCUUGAGAGAAAAGAAUCUAUACAAAUGUAUUACAUUGUGCAUCCUAAAAAAAUAAUUGGAAAGGAGCCAUUUUAAACUUUUCACCCAAGUUAAUUGUACAUUUAUGAACCUCUGACCUGUUAACAGAACUCGGUAGCCUUGUUAGAUUAGCUCAAUUGUAGGAUCAUAGGUUAGAAGGGGGUCUCCGACAUCAUCCAUCCCUUCAUUUUCUAAAUGAGGAACUGAGGCUUAAAGCCUCACAAGUAGUAGUGGUUGAAUGAACAUUCUGAUCGAGAUUUCAAACCCAGGUUCUCUGGCUCUGAGUCUGAUAUCUGCACUGUACCUUACCAAACGUCAUUUGUGGGCUGGAGAAGAAGUGAAUGGUAUUGAGGACAGGGCAUGAUUUGGCCCUUUUUCAUGUGAUCUUUAGGAUGAAAUAAAGGUUCUUGCAUAAGAUUUUUUAAAAGCAGAAAUUGAAAUAGCCCAAAAGGAUAGAUAUCAAAGAUGUGGAUAUUCCAUUUUUUUUUUCUCAGAGUGCCUAUAAUCAAUGAGGAAUAAAGAAAAAUGAAAGUAUCACAAUUAUAAGUAAAAAUAAUCUCAGGAAGCACCAGUUGAUCUUUAAAGAAUUGAAUUUGUACCCAUUGGGAAAGAAAGCUACUACAAUCACCCCACUUCAAAUUUAUUAUUUUGACUGGCCAGCUGGGAAAAAUUGACUCUAACAAAACCACUGGAUAAUAAAUGCAGUUCACAUUUAUUCAGUGUGAAGAGAAUACAGCCAUAAGCUCAGGUUCUAUAACAGCAAGUUAGAUCUUGCUCUGGUAUAUUACAAAGGCAACCAUUUUGCCCAAAAGAUUUACGAGAACCCCAAGGCUAAUUCCAGAAUAUGAAAUGGAGGGAAAAUGGGAGUUCAAGAUGACAAAUUAAAUGGAAAUCCCAAUGGAACUCAGUAAUUUUUAUAUUUUUCACAAUGCAAAAGUGAUUUGAG